GCAGUUGUAAGCACAAAACAAACUUUUAUUGGAACCUGCAAAGCAAGUGGUACAAUCCGGUUUUAACAGCUUUGUUUACCUGUGCGGGGAACGACGUCCACCAUUUUGACUGAAGCCGAAAAGAGUGUUGAGGAUCGUCCUUGGGAGUAAUGGAUGAUCCGUCAAGGAUGAUGGGGCACACUGGAGGCGGCCUAAUGGCCCCGCAACCCUACCCGAUGAAUCCCCAAGGCGAUGCCCCCACCGGUGGCGAGAACGAGCCGCGCAAACAAGACAUAGGUGAGAUACUACAACAAAUAAUGAACAUAACAGAUCAGAGUUUAGAUGAGGCCCAAGCACGCAAGCACACGCUCAACUGUCACCGUAUGAAACCGGCUUUAUUUUCCGUUUUGUGCGAGAUCAAAGAGAAAACGGUUUUGUCUUUACGUAAUACGCAGGAGGAAGAACCCCCGGAUCCACAAUUGAUGCGAUUGGAUAAUAUGUUAAUAGCAGAAGGUGUUGCGGGGCCGGAAAAGGGAGGGGGCGCCGCGGCAGCAGCCUCCGGUUCAGCAGCAGCUCAAGCCGGACAACCAGAUAACGCAAUCGAGCACUCAGAUUAUCGCGCGAAAUUGGCCCAAAUCCGACAGAUUUAUCACCAAGAACUUGAAAAAUAUGAACAAGCUUGUAACGAGUUCACCACUCACGUGAUGAACCUUCUUAGAGAGCAGAGUCGCACAAGACCCAUCACCCCAAAAGAAAUCGAACGCAUGGUGCAGAUCAUUCACAAAAAAUUCUCUUCAAUUCAGAUGCAACUAAAGCAGUCAACGUGCGAAGCUGUCAUGAUUUUAAGAUCGCGGUUUUUGGACGCGCGGCGAAAGCGGCGCAACUUCAGCAAACAAGCCUCUGAAAUCCUGAACGAAUACUUCUAUUCACAUCUAUCAAAUCCGUAUCCGAGCGAAGAGGCCAAAGAAGAGUUGGCCCGUAAAUGUGGCAUUACCGUAAGUCAAGUUUCUAACUGGUUUGGCAACAAGCGAAUCAGGUACAAAAAGAACAUAGGGAAAGCUCAGGAAGAGGCUAAUUUGUACGCCGCGAAGAAAGCUGCAGGCGCGUCACCAUAUAGUGGAACACCAACGCCGAUGAUGUCUCCAGCGCCUCCCCAAGACUCCAUGGGGUAUUCGAUGGGUUCGGCUUAUGAUGGAUCCGCUUAUGACGCCAGUAAUUGUGGUUAUGACCCUAUGCAUCCCCAAGAAUUAUCACCAUAAACAAUUAUUAUUUGGGAAAUUAUUUGGUUCAAAUUUUUUUAAAUUUUUGAAUGUGUAUUUCAAAUAAUUUUCCAAAAAAAAAAGAUCUCUCCCAUAUAUUACUUUGUAAGUAUUUUCUUUAAUGUUACUUUUUUUUUUCUUCAUUUUUUAUAAAAUAAUUAGGUUCCUUCCGUUUUGUUGGUGGCUAGUUUUUUGGACAAUUUAUGGUCGCUUAGAUUAUUGGGGUGGACUUUUGCGAGCGCCCGCCGGGCCCGUUGGCGGCCCCCAACUGCUGCGUACGACCCGGUUGACACAAAUACGAAAAAUCGGAAAAAUCGAAAAAGAGGGCAAAGUCCCGGAUGACACGCACACCUAGAAACUUGACUUAUGGUAAUGCCGGGCCGUGCGCAGCCAGUUGGGGGACUCUCGUCCUCGCGGGGUCCGCUCGCGGUCGUUCGCAAAGCUCCAUCCGGUGUGAGUGUUCUUAGAUUGUCACAAUCCACCCGGAAGGAAUUAUUUUUUGCCGUCUUUGUAUACGAAACUGAAAUAAUUAAAAGAAAUAAUGAGCUGUAUAAGUAUUUAAGAGAUAUAGAUGAUUCAAAAAGUUUAGCUACUGUCUGUGUAUUCUAUCUUAAUGAUUUUUUAGUGUCCAAUGUAAUUUUUGUAAUUGUAAUAAAAAUAAUUAAGAUUG